AUGCCGUCACGAAACCACUCAGAUCGUUACCCCCGCGACCGGGCGGCCUACGACGAUGAUUCUGAUGACGAGUACUAUGAACGCCCAAGAGCACCCAGACGCGUUUCACGAAGCGCACAUGAGCUAGACGCCGCCGAGGCAGGGCGAUCGCGGCGCGCCCGCGGCCGCUACGACGACAACAUCAGUCCGGUACGGCACAAGACCCGUGCCAGAUCCCUCGAUCAUCGGCCACCACGCCGCAGCCACUACGAUAGCUACGACGACUCGGACUACACAGACAGCGAGGAUGACCGGCGACGACGACGGAACCGCAGCCGGGGCAGAGGACACAGCAGUGGCAGACGAAGAGAUGGCAGACCGCCGCCGGCGUCGUCGUCACGGUCGCGCCUGCAACGUCGAGAGUCUGACAAGUCUCACAUCUUGCAGGCGGCUGCCAGCGCUGCUGUAGUGGCUGGCGCCGCGGAGGCCUGGAGAAUGAGGAAGGAUAAGUCGUCCUGGCAGAAGAAGGGCACAAAGAUGGCGACGGCUGCGGCUGGAGCUGCUGCGAUAGCGGCGUUCAAGGAUAACAACCCCAAGGACUAUGGCAAGAAGGAUGCGGUCGGGGCCACCAUUGGAGGCUUGUUAGUAAACCGACUUGCCGGCAAUAUGGCGAAAAAAUAA